AUGACGUCCUCCCUCCCAGGCAACCGCGACCUGCCAGUCUCCCAGUACGACCUCAGCACGUACUGGGGCCGCGUGCAGCAAUCGGCCACCAUAUCAGAUCCCAGAACACUGUUCACGUCAUCAGCUGGCCUCGAAAAUGCCAAAGAACUCGUUACCGCGUAUAAGACGGGCAAGAUACGGGAUAUGACACCAGAACUAUGGCUGGCGAAGAAGACAAUAGACUCUACGCUGCAUCCUGAUACAGGACAGCCUGUCUUCAUGCCCUUUCGCAUGUCCUGCUUUGUGCUUUCCAACCUGGUUGUCACAGCUGGUAUGCUCACGCCAGGACUCGGUACGGCAGGAACACUUGGAUGGCAAAUCACCAACCAAUCGCUCAAUGUGGGCAUCAAUUUCUCGAACGCGAAUAAAUCAACGCCGCUGCCCACGUCCACUAUCGUCAAAUCAUACUUCACCGCCGUGACAGCCUCAUGCGGUGUUGCGCUGGGCUUGAACGCUCUUGUGCCCCGGCUGAAGAGCCUCUCGCCCAAUGCGAAAAUGGUAGCUGGUCGCCUGGUCCCCUUCGCAGCCGUCGCCAGCGCAGGUGUGCUUAACGUCUUCCUCAUGCGCGGCGAAGAGAUCCGCCAGGGCAUCGACGUCUUCCCCGUCCUGACCGAAGACGAGAAGCAAAAAGUCGAAAGCGGCGAGCUCGAAUACAAAUCACUGGGCCGUAGCAAAAAGGCAGCCACACUCGCAGUCGGAGAGACCGCAAUCAGUCGCGUGCUGAACGCGACACCGAUCAUGGUGCUGCCGCCCUUGGUUCUGGUCAGGUUGCAGAAGACAGAUUGGCUUAAGCAGAGGCCGAGAAUGGUGACGCCGGUCAACUUGGGACUCAUUCUCACGACAUCCAUCUUCGCACUGCCGCUUGCGCUGGCUGCGUUCCCGCAGAGACAGGCAGUGGGUGCCAAGACGCUGGAGCCUGAAUUUCAUGCGAAGGGUGGGAAGGAUGGGAUGGUGGAGUUUAACCGUGGUAUCUAGUGGGUGGUGUCAUGUGCGAGUAGAGUAUAACCCACGGUUCUACUGAUGGGUGCAAUGGACGGGGCAGACGUGAGCGUGAAGCCUCCAGUCCUGCUACUAUUUGCAGCCCCAGAUGAAAUCAUUUGACUUUGCUAGC